CAGGCGCUCAGAACACCAGUACGAUGUCGCGCAAGGAUAGAGUAGCGCGCUCUGUUGCAUAGUCCUCACGACACAACUCCAGUCGUCCAGAUAUAUCUCUCUCAGAACAAGGAAAAUGACGAAAAAGCUUGUAAUAACGGCCAAACGCAAUAGGGACGUAUUGACUCCAAUAUUGGAUUUGGAGAGGAAUAAAGCAUGUUGGUUUUAUAAGAAACUGGUGCCUUUUGGCGCUGUAUAAAACGAGCAGGGUGCCUUUUUCAGUACUCUACAAACACCUGUCAACAGCUGAAAGAUGAAGUUUGGGAAGAGCAUCUGUAUCCUUAAUGUGGGUGGCACAAAAUAUGCGUUCUCUAAGGAGGUGAUAAAAGAUUUCCCUCUGAGUAGAGUGAGCCGUUUGCACAAAUGCGCCUCGGAGAAAGAAGUACUGGAAGUAUGUGAUGACUAUGAUCGGGAACGGAACGAGUUUUUCUUUGAUAGGCACUCCGAGGCUUUUUGUUUCAUCAUGCUGUACGUGAAGUACGGGAAGCUACGAUUCGUCCCGCAGAUGUGCGAGCUAUCAUUCUACAACGAGAUGAUUUACUGGGGGCUGGAGAGCUCACACUUGGAGUUUUGCUGCCAGCGAAGACUGGAUGAUAGGAUGUCCGACUCAUACAUUCAUUUCUCCGAAGAGGAAGAUAAACUCGACAAAGAAAUGAGGGGGGAGAAUUUGGUGACUCGAGUGGUCACAGAGAGAGAGGAUUCAAAGUGGCUGGAGAGAAUGAGAAGGACUUUUGAUGAACCGACUUCAUCAGUCGCAGCACAAAUCUUAGCUUCAGUGUCCGUUAUAUUUGUUAUAGUGUCCAUGGUGAUGCUUUGUGCAAGUACUUUGCCAGAUUGGAAAACCGCUGAGAACAACAGUGUGGUGGAGCACAGGUACAAUCCAGACUCUUUAGAGCAUCCAUCCGGGAUCAUCGAGGCUGUGUGUAUCAGCUGGUUCACCGCCGAGUGCAUCGUGCGCUUCAUCGUGUCGCGGGACAAGUGUGAGUUUGUCAAACGGCCCCUCAACAUCAUCGACCUACUAGCCAUCACGCCCUACUACAUCUCCAUCUCCAUGACGAUGCUGACAGGCGAGAACUCGCAGCUGCAGCGUGCGGGUGUCACCCUGCGUGUCCUGCGCAUGAUGCGCAUCUUCUGGGUGAUCAAGCUGGCCCGUCACUUCCUGGGCCUGCAGACUCUAGGGCUGACACUGAGGCGCUGCUACCGGGAGAUGGUGAUGCUGCUGCUGUUCAUCUGCGUGCCCAUGGCCAUAUUCAGUGCUCUAGCCCAGCUGCUGGAGCAUGGCCUGGACUUGGAGUCGCCCAACGAGGACUACGCCAGCAUCCCUGCCGCCUGCUGGUGGGUUAUUAUCUCCAUGACCACUGUGGGCUAUGGAGACAUGUACCCCAUCACCGUGCCUGGGCGAGUGCUGGGUGGCCUGUGCGUGGUGAGCGGCAUCGUGCUCCUGGCACUGCCCAUCACCUUCAUCUACCACAGCUUUGUGCAGUGCUACCAUGAGCUCAAGUUCCGCUCGGCCCGCUGCACGCGGAGCCUGUCCGCAGAGUUUCUCAACUGAGGGACCACUGACGUUGCAGGAGGGUUAAUGGGGGGCGGGGCACCUCUUCAGAGACCUCCAUCCACACUAGAACUGUGUAUUUAUCUGAAACGUGGCCUCUUUCAUUGUCUCACACGUAUUUUGUUGAUGUAUCCCUCAUCUUUGAACGUCAGUUGCUGGGGUUGUGGAUUUUGAGGUUUGCAGACAGCACAGCCUUCAACCUUCAACAGUAAAGUCCAAGUAAGAAGUAAUGGAACCUGAUGGGCACUAGGACAGUUUCCACGGCUGCCAUGGUGACAGUGGUUUUUGGGGCAGAGGGCACCUGGAUCAUGUCAGACCAGAAGGAGGCCUUCACGUACUGUGGAUUACACUGCUGGCUGGCAUUCUUCUGUUCCCAUAUGGCGACAUGCAACAAAAGGGAUUUGAGUUUUAAUGUGAUUUUCAAUCCCACUCUCUGACAGUGUCACAGUGUGGGAGAUGGGAAGGUAUAAUUUCGCUUCUCUUCCUUAGAUCAUUUAUUUCUAGUAUUCCGUCGGCCAGUGAGUGAACAACAAUGCAUUUCAAAGAACCAAAGUGUAUCAGUACAGUGUACACUGUAUGUUCCCUUUAACCUUUCACUGCAACGCUCACCUUUCUGCUUUUAUCUUGCGUACACAAACCUGACAGAUAUAAAGAGCAAUUUGAACGAGCCUAUUUACAACUCAAACAUGGUCGCAUUCUAAUCCUAUUACCUAUUCCCCCGUGAAAACCAAGCAAUGCAAAAUGGCUAUGAAAUGUAUUUGUCGGAGAAACCAAGGGGGAGGGUUUUAACAAGAAGGAGUACAAUAUUGUGUGGGUCUGUCAGCUCAGCUGUGUAGGCAGGUCUGUAAUGUGGAACACCGAGCCACAGAGCGAGAGUGUGUCAUGGAGAGACGGGUGGUUCGGCUGACACUGUGCAGUGUAGUGAGGAGAGGGCAUGCCUCAGCCUCGGGAGCGCUGCGAGUCUACUGACUGGAGGAGUGUAACCAUUUGUGGCUGGUGUCAAAACCUUGGUAGCCUCUGCCUGUCACAACAAAGGCACUCGGCAUGCCCAUCCCACCAUCCUCAUCAGUACUGUAUGUCAAAACCACCACAGCCUUGGUAGGCACUCCUCUCAAUGUUGUUGUCUGGCCCACCUGCUUCUCCUCGACAUACUGUCGACGCCAUGUUUGAGUGGCUGGUGUGAUGCAUUCCGCCUCCUUUCCUGCCAGAGUGAAUUCGAUUGAAUCUGAAAAGCUUUCAUCAUGCCUUCAUUCAUUUCUAUGGUGGGGAAUUGGGAAUCAGAUCCACAUGUGUUCUCUUCACAUCAGCCUGCUCCAGGGUAUACUACCUGUUAUCGCUAACAAGCACCAUCUCUCGUCUCUCAGAUUGUCGAUAGCUGUGUUUGCUCCAAGCACUUGGUUUAAGUAUUUGCUAAGAGAAUCUGUAUUUUGAACCAAAGCAGUUUUAUAUCUUCCGGAAGCACUUUAUAUAGUGGGAGCAUUGGACAGUUCAUCAAGUCAGUAACGAAUGUAUAUUUGUGUGUUCUAUUUCAGGGUUUCUCAAAUUCGGUCCCGUUUUGGUUUUUGCCCUAGGACCACACAGCUGAUUCAAAUAAGCAACUCCUCAUCAAGCUUUGAUGAUUUGAAAUCAGAUGUGUAGUGCUAGGGCAAAAACCAAAAUGUGCACCCAAGGGGGGCCCAGGACCGAGUUUGGGAAACCCUGCUCUAUUUGAUGUGAUUGUUAUUCACCGCUGGGAAUACCAGUCUAAUUGUACUAGUGAUGCUGGUUCUGUUUAUACAGAUUUGGUGUUCCUUUGCUUUGUCCUCAGUGUAAUGGUUUCCACUGGCUGCAGACAGCCCCAUCUGCUCUCUCUGAUCUGCCCUGCUUUAAUUUGGCUGCUUUUCCAAACACAGCAGUCACAAAACUUUAACUGUGUUGAAUAUGUUGAAUAUUGAUGGGAUAAGAUUGAUUAAACUCGGGCCUCCCGAGUGGCGCAGCAGUCUAAGGUACUGCAUCGCAGUGCUAGAGGCAUCACUACAGGUCCGGGUUUGAUCCCGGGCUGUGUCGCAGCUGGCCGUGACCAGGAGACCCAUGUGGCGGUGCACAAUUGGCCCCACGUCGUCCGGGUUAGGGGAGGGUUUGGGAUGUCCACAUCCCAUCAUGCUCCAGCGAAUCCCUGUGGGCUGGGUUGUCCGUAUGCAUGCUGACCUCGGUCACCAGCUGUACUGUGUUUCCUCCGACACAUUGGUGUGGCUGGCUUCCGGGUUAAGGGAGCAGUAUGUCAAGAAGCAGUGCAGCUUGGCGGGCUUGUGUUUCGGAGGACGCAUGGCUCUCGACCUUCUCCAUACGGAGUUGCAGCGAUGGGACAAGACUGUAACUACCAAUUGGGGAGAAAAAAAAUAUAAGAUUGAUUGAACUCGUUUUUUCAGACCGUAUCUUCUGGGAAUCAGGCACUUGAAAGAGAAAAGCCUUGACUAGACUUGGUUGACCUUUGCAAAUGUGACUUAGCAUGAAGGGAAAGGAAUAAGGGUGCUGUUCAGAGGUAUUGCAAUAAUCUUAUGGCAAAUGUCUCCAGGAGAAGAGUUGCUCAAAACCAACACACAGAAUGAGGUGCAAUCACACCAAAGAGCCUGAUAUUUGAGAGGAAACAACUUAAGUAUUUGCUUUGAGAGUGCGAGCACACAAUGAGUUUUGAACCUGAAGGGAACUGGCAGCAACACGUAGCCUAUCUCUGUCAGCAACAAGACCAUCCUCAUCUAUGGGAAUAAUUAACUUUCUCUUGUCAACAUUCACACCAACAUUUAAUUAUCUCUGCUCUCAUUAAAAAACUCACAGGAAGUCACAUUGCUCCACGGCAAUGAGGAUUUAUAUAUCUGACCAGCCUACUUUUCCCUGACAGAAAUCCACAUCAUUCAGAGCUCCCUGGAUUCCACUCCAUUUAAGUGAAUAUUUCCACAAGAUUCAUCAGGGAUUCUAACUGCUGCAGGGGUGACUGAGACUCUGACACCAUAACAAAUCCAAGCCACAUAUAGACCACAAUAGCUAGAUUUUCUCUAACCAUACUCUCUCCCUCCUCUCGUCUGUUUUUUUCUCUCUCUCUCCCUCUCUCUCUCUCUCUCUCUCUCUCUCUCUCUCUCUCUCUCAAAGUGGGAUUGCAAGACAAAUCAGGCAAUAAAAACACAUUGAGGAGAUUGAAGAUGGUUGACUCGUUAUAAGACCAUUGAGUGACCUAUUUAAUGUAUUUCUGACACCCUGUCACUGACAUUGCUCUACUCAAUGAAAUGUACAAAUAUUCCACACCCAAACUCAGUGCAAUCUUGAUAUUUGGACUAGGAACAUAUUACAUAAGUAUCGCUGUUGUCAUCACAAUAUGUAUUUUGACAUUGGACUAAAACUGUGAAUGCGAAGUGUGUGACAAGAAAAUGUGGACCACUAGUGAGUUUGAUCCCUUGUGAAAUGAACGCUUCUGGAAAAGUUGCUGUUGUGUUGACGAUCAGGUAAGGUAAGGCAAUGUGAUUUUUGUUUUGUUGGAACAAAUGUUGUAUUUCUGAAUUUAGUAUUUGAGAAUAACUGAAGAAUAUUUCCACUACUGUAAACCCUUGUAGGACAUAUUUCCGUGCUCACGUGGAUGUAGUGGGGGGCAAAAUUGGCCCCACAGUUGUUACAAGACUUGAUAAAUAGGGAUAUUUCAGGUAGGACCUGCAACUUCUGAUUACUCUACAGUACUUUGUCACAUCGAAACACCUUCUGUGGGCACCUUUAGCAUAUUUCCGCUUCAAUAGAAUGUACAAUUGAAACAGUGCAUAGGAUACCUUUUGAAAAAAUGGUUGUUUAUGCAAGCCAUAUCUCCAAAAUGUUUGUUUUUUCCCUUAUUUUUUUAAUGAAACCAGCUAUUUUGUAUAGAGCUUAUGUUGUUUACAUAUAUAAUGGUUAUAUGGUUGUAUAUAAAUAAAGCUAAUCUGUCUAAUCUG